CCAACAUAUCUCAGAUUUCUAUAACAAAGAAUGCUGGAUUCCCCUCAAAAGAAGUACAGUUAGACCAAAAAAAUGUGUGCAGAAUCCAUUGUUUCUAAUUUUCCACCCAGCAGCCACAUGAAUGCAAAGGACUUCUGGGCCAUUUUCAAUAAAACUCAUGACAGUGAUUUUAAUGGAAGCUCCUCUGAACUGUUUCCUUCAAGGGAGGAGAAUGAGAAUUCGAUUCAACAAGGCGCAAAUCAAUGUGAGAAAGAAGUGGGAGAAAGUAAGGUGGUAGAGAGGAAAAGGAAGAAUCUGUACAGAGGAAUAAGGCAGAGGCCAUGGGGCAAAUGGGCAGCUGAGAUAAGGGAUCCUAGUAAGGGUGUAAGGGUUUGGCUUGGUACUUUUUCUACUCCUGAGGAGGCUGCAAGGGCUUAUGAUGGUGCAGCAAGGAAAAUCAGAGGUAAAAAAGCCAAGGUUAAUUUUGUAGAGGAAACACCUGCUACUUCUAAUAUUAAGGAGGACUUGUAGGUAAGAUCAAUCAAGAAGUAACAGGAUUUGGAGUACUUAAUGCAGAAGUAUUCAUUUAGACUAUGUAAGGAUUUUAGUCUAAAAAUGCUCUGGCUCUUGGAGUACAUAUCCAUAAAAUUUAUUUGAUGGUAAUCUAAAUAUGGGCCAGUUAUUAUAAGCUCAUACUCUUGGUGGGUGAGUAGAAUACUGUAAAUAUGUUUGUUUGUCUCUGUGUAUCUCCUAUUCUAUAGCACUGAAUUUAUGGCUUUCUUUCAGUUAUUA